CCUCUUCCAAGAUGGCCGCCGCGGCCUCUGUGACAGGACUGGUCACGUGCGCGCCGUCGCCUAUGAGGUCGCUGGGGCUGGAGCGGCGAUUGUCCCUUCCCGGGCCCCGUCCCGAGGCGGCGACUGCCCUAGUCAACCGAAGCCUGAGCGAUCAUGGCAACGAGCUCGGGCGGGGAGCGCGUGGCAGCGGCUGCAGCGGCGGCAGGUUGGUCGCGGGCCGGAGCGGCGGAGCGGUGGCGGCGGCGGUGGCACUGGCGCUGGCACCGGCCCUGAGCGCCAUGCAGCGGGGCAGCUCAGAGAGGGAGCUGGCGGCCCGGUGGGAGGCGGAGGCGGUGGCCAUGACCAAAGCGCAGGCGGCGGCGGCGGCAGCAGAGCAGGUCCUCGUGGACUCGGGCGCGGCCGGGGAGCCGGAACGCAAGACGCCAGAGGAGCAGCCCAAGGACCCGGCCCCGGCGCAGCACCGCGCGGCCGAGGAGGGGGACGCCCGCGUCGUCCCGCGGCCGCCGCCCUCGCUGCCCCUGGCCAAGCCGCAGCCGGCUCGGGCGCGGGGCCUCUGCCCGCACGGGAAGCCCCGCAGCAAGGGCCGGGGCUGCAGACGGAGCUCGGGCCGCGGGACGGAGGAGCACCACUCCCAGCGGCCGGUCACCGUGGACAGCUCCAAGGCCAGGACCUCCCUGGACGCCUUGAAGAUCAGCAUCCGCCAGCUCAAGUGGAAGGAGUUCCCAUUUGGCCGACGCUUGCCUUGUGACAUCUACUGGCAUGGAGUUUCAUUUCACGACAAUGACAUAUUCUCCGGCCAAGUGAACAAGUUUCCAGGCAUGACGGAGAUGGUGCGUAAAAUUACUCUGAGCAGAGCCGUGAGAAUCAUGCAGAAUCUCUUUCCUGAGGAAUACAACUUCUACCCUCGCUCAUGGAUUCUGCCUGACGAGUUCCAUCUCUUUGUUGCUCAGGUUCGAAUGGUGAAAGAUGGUGACCCCUCCUGGAAGCCCACUUUUAUUGUGAAACCUGAUGGAGGUUGUCAGGGUGAUGGAAUCUACCUCAUUAGAGACCCCAGCGACAUCCGCCUGGCGGGCACCCUUCGGAGCAGGCCAGCGGUGGUCCAGGAGUACAUCUGCAAACCUCUUCUCAUCGACAAGCUCAAGUUUGAUAUUCGUCUGUAUGUCUUACUCAAGUCCUUAGACCCCUUAGAGAUUUAUAUAGCCAAAGACGGACUCUCUAGAUUUUGUACAGAGCCAUACCAGGAGCCCAGCCCCAAAAAUCUGCACCACAUCUUUAUGCACUUAACCAACUACUCACUGAACAUCCAUAGUGGGAAAUUUGUCCAUUCGGACAGCACUAGCACGGGCAGCAAAAGGACUUUUUCUAGCAUUCUUUGUAGGUUGUCUUCCAAAGGUGUUGACAUCAAGAAGGUCUGGUCUGAUAUCAUCUCCUUGGUGAUUAAGACUGUCAUUGCCCUGACUCCAGAGCUCAAAGUGUUCUACCAGUCGGACAUCCCUGCAGGGAGGCCUGGGCCCACGUGCUUUCAGAUUCUAGGCUUUGACAUCCUUCUGAUGAAAAAUCUGAAGCCUAUUCUACUGGAAGUAAAUGCAAAUCCCAGCAUGAGAAUCGAACAUGAGCAAGAACUUUCUCCAGGGGUCUUUGAAAAUGUCCCCAGCCUUGUCGAUGAAGAAGUGAAGGUGGCCGUGAUCAGAGACACAUUACGCCUCAUGGAUCCACUUAAGAAGAAAAGAGAGAACCACUUUCCAGAUAUCUAUAUGGACAGAAAACAGAGAUUCCCUCCAGUUUCUGACAGAAUGCCUUCAUCAGAGCUUCCCGUAGUCAGGUCUCAGCAGCUUAAGAAGCCAUUAGACGAAAAGGAAGAUCCUUCUGACAGUGAGCCCACCAGCCCUUCCGACGGCAGCACCAACCCGGAAGCCCGCCUGCCCUCCAUCUGCCUCAAGCAGGUGUUCCCCAAGUACGCCAAGCAAUUCAACUACCUGCGCCUGGUGGACAGGAUGGCAAAUCUGUUUAUCCGGUUCCUGGGGAUCAAGGGGACGAUGAAGCUGGGGCCCACAGGCUUUCGGACUUUUAUCAGGAACUGCAAACUCAGCAGCAGCAGCUUGUCCAUGGCGGCCGUGGACAUCCUCUACAUUGACAUCACCAGGAGGUGGAACUCCAUGACCGUGGACCAGCGGGACUCAGGGAUGUGCUUGCAGGCCUUCGUGGAGGCCUUCUUUUACCUGGCUCAGAGGAAGUUCAAGACGCUGCCACUCCAUGAGCAGGUGGCCUCGCUGAUCGACCUGUGUGAAUACCACCUGUCCCUGCUGGAUGAAAAGCGCCUGGUGUGUGGCCGCAGUGGCCCAUCGGGGGGAGGGCCCCCGGACAGCAGCACCCCCCCAGACGCCGCCCCCUCCGACCAGCUGGUGGAGGGCAACCCCCCGGUCCUGCACAAACAGCGCCCACAAGGUGACCCGUCCCAGGCACGCUCUGUCCUGACGGCUGCUCGAUGCUGCCGCUGAAAGGCGAGCCCUUCGGGGCUGAAGAGGACCCUCUAGGCUUCCCACCUGUGGAGAGAGGGCAGGAUGCGGAGAAUUCCCACCUGGCAGCCCCAGGCCCGACUCGCAUUCUCUGCAUUCUGCUGAGCUGUGCUUUGAAAGAGGCUGAUGGUGCCCGCGCUUCCUCUCGGGGGUCCUACUCUCUGUGAGUCAUCGGUGGACACAUGACAUCCCAAAUGCGACAGAUGGCAUCUUCUAUUCUGGGCUCACAGGAAGCGACAACCGGGGUGAAACUGUUGCGAUCGGGCACGGGGCGCCCGCGAUCCCGAGCCUGAGCUGCGGAGAGGAAAAGUGCGGAGAAAGCAGAGACUUGGGUGUGCAGGGGCCUCCGAGAGAACACUGGUUAAAUCCCAGGGACACCAUGUGGAUUGCCCAGCACCGUGCUGUGAAAACGGAGAGGAGCCAGCCAGGGGGCCUGCACAGCCCCCCCACCCUGGUCAUGUGCUACACUAGGGUGUGGUUAACGGAUUGGCCUCAUUAGUUUUGCUAGCUUGCCUAUUACUGUAAUGUUCCGUUUGUUAUUCAUUAAGAACUAACCAGGAAGUAACUAGGUAAGGUUCCUAGAGCUUUAGAGCCGUGGGAGCCUCAGAGGUCAUUUUGUUUGACCCCAAAGCAGGAGUCCCAGGGUCCUGUGACCUCCUCCCACCCCACCCCCCCACACAAAUAAGGCACCAUCACCUGGCCAGCAGGUGCACGGCAGGCACUGCUGGGGGGGCGGGGGGGGGGCCUGGGUGGGAGGAGGUGCUUCAGAGGGGAGAACAAGAAAACCCCCUUAACAGCAGGAGGAGGAUGUCCGAAGCUCAGUGGUGUGAGGACACGACAGCCCACUCCCUCCCUUCCCCGAGACCCUUUCUUUGUGUCCAUCCGUGUCCCCAGGUGAACCCCUUCUCAGAGGGGAAGGCUCAGAGGCAGCCAAAGGUGGCAUUUUUGAAAACUGCGCCCCGCAGAACACACUCUGGGCUAUUUGGUGACAAGAGCCACCUGUAAUGACCUUGUUUUCCCAAGCAAAAAAAGCAGGACAGGUGGCCUCAGACGGGAGGGGCAGGAGGAACUCGACGUACACCCAGUGCCUCCUGCUUAGGGACAUUCUAGAAGUUUCCAUCCCCUGGGUAGUUUCGUAAUGCUGUUUCCAUUUUCAGAUGAGAAAAGGCAGGCCUGGGGUGGGGCGUGGGGGGUGUGUGUGGAGGGAGUCCCGUGGGAGAGUGAGGCUUGGUCCAGUUCUGGGGGUUGGCCCCUGAGCCCCAUUUCCUUUAUGUCCCCUGGUGAGUGUGACUCAUUUUCCAGUUGUCCCUGUUCCAGGUCUGCCUGGGGUCCCGCGGGGCCCUGCCCGCUUCCCUGCAGCCCGGUGACAUGGGCUGGGACAGUCAGUGAUUCUAAGUGGUCUGCUGUGAGGACCACGCUUUGCAGCCCCCGUGCCCGUUCCCCAGCCCCGGCUGGUGCCAGAGCACGCGGGCCUCGCAGUGAACGCGCCUCCCAUACUUGUUAGCAGCUGGGAGCAGCAAAGCGUCUUUUCAACAACGCCCUGACUUUGUUUUCGGAAAGCAUUCCCUUGCCAAGAUGGAGUGAAGUUUUCAGUUCCAAAGUCAACCAAGCACAUUGGGUUUUGGGGGGGAAAUCAUGUCAAUAGGUUGAAUUCGAGCCAUGUUGUUUGGGAUGAUUUGAACACGUCAGUUCUCACAGUGAGGAAUGUCCUGUCCCCGCUUGUUCAGGUCAGAAGCAGGCAGGUGGCUCCGCCCAGCCCUUCAGGGUCCCUGUCUGGAAGAGCCCCUCGGCUGCACCCCACGGGGUGAGUGUCAGGGAAAUGAGGCUGCCGUUUUACAAGAGGCCAGUGAGGGACCGACUGGGUCCUUUCUUCCCAGUGCUUCCCAUGGGAAUUCAAUGCUGCUUGCUUAUCAGAGUGAGUGAUAGGAGACGUCCCCACCCCCAUGCUGCCUGUGGGAAGCCCCCCUUGUUCACCCCCUUUGUUUCUCAUACCCCACGUGUUUCAGGGUGCCCCUGAAGUGAUAGCAAAGACAGACCUGUCCUUUCUCCUAGAAGAGGGGACCUGGGGGUAGAGAUCCCGGGCCCAGAGAUGCCCCAUGAGGAACCGAGGGCCCUGUGUGUUACCUGGGGUGGGGCCCUCGGGAUCCAUCGGGCCAAUUCUCCCCUAGUCUCCCCUAGUCCCCCUCCCACUGAUUCACACACAUACGUGCACACACUCCAGCCACAUCACCCCUUCCCAGAGGUCCCUGAAGGGCCCGCUUCCUAGAGCAGGUUCAGUGAAUGGAGAAGAUCGGGUUCAGCCUGUCUCCCCUUGGGCCCUGGCCCCGCCCCACCCUUUUCUGCCAAGCCUGUCACUUCCGGUGCACCGAUCAGCUCCCUUCCUCUUCCACAGUGGCCAUCCUGCUCCCCUCCUUCCAGCCUCCUAGGAGAUGUGCUUGGCUUCCCUGCUGUCACAGCCAGGAGCUGAGUCCCCACAGCCUGGCUGCAGGGAGCCUGCUGUAGGUGCUAAUAAAGGCGCAUUGGAUUCGGUGCAGUUGUUAGUUGUUAGUUGCUGUCCUAACAGGUGUGGAGGCGGGGCCUCCUGGAGACAGAGCCUCCGUCCCCAAAGAGGUGCCCUCGUUUCUCCUGUGGGUCCCUGCCCUCUCCCCCAGCUCGGACUUCACCUCCUCCUGCCUCUCACCCCCCUUAACUCACGUUCCAUCCUACGUCCUUAGUGGCCCCGAAGGAAUUCGGAGAACCACGGAGCCGACCACACGAUCCCCUAAUUCAAUCAACCGUCAUCUAAGCCAAUGCUCCUUAACCCAACGUUCAAGGCUGCUCGUAAUCCAGCCCGGUCCUUCCUCUCCAUCCUAAAGACAUGCUUGGCCCACCCUUUUCAGGGGGUAGCCUCUGCCACAGCCCCUGUCAACACGCUCCCAGGGCACUCGCUGUGUGUUGUGGCCUCUGGGGAAGAGAAUGUGCUGGUACCUGCCCCAGGGCCAGGACCCACUUCAGCCUCUCCUGCCCUUGUGCUUACUGUUCCCUGGACCGGAUGGCCUCCCUCCAUCCAAUGGACACCUACUUACCUUCAAGGUCCAGCUCAAACACCCCACUGCAACACCCCCCCCCCCACAGCAUCAACUGCUCCCUCCGUCUGCUCGUGAGAAUCUGGAAAGUUCUGUUAUUACCAUGCUUGCCCUGUGACAUCACAGGGCUCAUCUUUACAAGCUGGGAGUUACUCCAGGUCAAGCAGGUGCCGGAUUCAUGCUGGCCCCUCGAGCGUGGGGUGCGGGGUCCCGCAGGGCCAUUCACUCAACACCUCUGUGUUCCCAGCCUGGUGGCUAACCCCCUCCAUCAGGAGUCCGGCCGUCUCUUCAGCCCUGCAGGAGCAGAGCCUGCAUCUGUGGGCUUGGUGAGCUGAGCAGGUCAUCCCGAGGUGAAGAACCAACUCCUUUUCCCAUGUGAACUUAACAACAUCUGUUCAGUGCUUCACAGUUUACAAAGUGCUGGAAAACGACGCAGCGCAAUGCUUACAGGUACCCACGCGCGCACACAGCACCACGGAGCUUUUGUACAAAAUGGCAAAAUUACUGAUGAUUUUCUCAUUUCUGGCAAUUUCCUUCUGAGUCUUAUUUAGAGAGCAGAGGGAAAAGGGCUCUGUGCAGGCCCUGGGGUAACAUAACGUGCUCACUAAGAGGCUCCUGGGAAACGUUUCCUCCAACGUGAAGGUGCUUGCCAAGAGUCGGCCCAGGACCGUAGGCCCGGGCCGCCGGGACACCGCCUCCCUGCUCCUGACUGUGGCUCCCCAGGGGCCCUCCCAGGCUGCGGGAGCGAGGCUGGUGAUGCAGGAAGGCAGAGGGGCAUUUCCCCUGCAGAACCCCUUGCCUCACAACAGGGACGUGACGGCCCGCUUUUGCUGUACCCGACGCCCUCUGGCUGUGCACCUGCGCACCAGCGACGUCACCCCUCUGCCCUGUUUCUGGCCCCCAGGGCGACAGUCGUGUCAUCGUGAACGUAAGAAACCCAUCUUGGGGCUGGGCGCCCGGGAACUACCUUAACAAAUGUCUGGAACAAGACGGAUGCCGGGGACCUUGUGCCCACCUGGACGUCCCCGACAGCCGGUGCCCUUUGAGGCCUGGUGACAGGCGCCACGCUCGAGCCCUCCCCGGAGGGGACACUGCUGCUAGGCCGAAGCUCCUGCCUCUUAAAAGCCUUUAAGCAUUCUUUAUUAAAUUUUCAUGGCACAUAAAGUCAAGGUUCUGUUACUUGGCCUCAGUUGUCUUGGUAACUUCGUAAAAUGCAAUAAUAAAACAAAGCUGAGUGUUGCUAAACACAGGCUCAUUGUAAAAA